AUGCCCACCCUCACCGUGAACAUGCGCGAUCGCGUGGAUAGAAUUUGCCAGCUGUUCGCCGAAGGUGACAAUAGCAGCAACUCCCUCGCGGUACCGACGUCUACAGCACUUCCAAAACCGACCACGCGUGGACUGCAGAUCCACCACGAGGAGCCGGCUGCUCUGGUGCCAGUCCCUGAGAAGAGCCCACCCAAGCGCCUGGCCAUCUACCGGGACCCAGAACCCAGCCGGCCUGUCGGUGCUGCUGUGGGGCACCCCCCAGCGGGGUCACGGGCCCCCCUCCGCCAACUGCCCGUGGCACCGCAGCGCCAGCCGGAAGAUCCCCCUCUGCCUGUAGAAGUGCGUGAUGCGGCGGCCAACAGUCCGCCUCGUGCGACAACUACCUUCACACUGCCAAUAAAGUUCGCUCCCGUGUGUGCCUCCACUGCAGUCUUCCACCACGGCAUUGGUGAACACCUGCCAGCUGAGCCUGUCUCCCCGAUCUGCGAAAUGGACUGCUGUCCGUCGGCCUCGCCACCGGGAUCCCCGUCUGAGCGCUGUGACCUUGCGGAGGCCUUUGCCCACGUACACACACCGACUGCUAAUGCAAGUCGUGCGCGUGUGGAUGCGACAAACUUUAUUGAAGCCUUCCUUAGGUCACAGAAACCAUGA